AAACUUUCUUAAAAUCUGGAAUAACUUGCUCCUUUAAUCUUUCUUAAUACUUAUGUAAUUAUAUAUGUAAGAUUCGUUUGUUUAAUUCAUGUAUAUUAUAGUACACUCAAUUUACAAUUAAGUUUUUGUAUUAAUUGAUAUGAGGCAAUUUGGCGUUAAUGCUCCCUCUUUCAAGUUUUCACCAUUACCGUUUCAUUGCCUGAAUAUACAAAUGAACAGUAAGCCAAUACCGAGUGCCAACCAAAAAGUUACCGUGUUUUUCAAUGAAAGGGCUUUCGUCUGCGACAUGACUGAACUCCAGGCUAGAGCCAUACUACUAUUUGCAAAUAAAAAGGUGGAAGAAGGAAGAGAUGGAGAAGGGUUGGAAUUGGCACUAUCAUCAGUGUGCUUGCAAUCUCAGAUAUGUGGUUCUCAAGGUCUUUCCAUGAAGAGAUCUCUUCAGAGAUUCCUCCAAAAGAGAAAGCAAAGGAGUCAAGCCUCCUCUCCAUACAUAUAAUUACAAUUUAUAUUAUAAUAAUCAAAAUUUAUAUUAUAAUAAUCAAGCAAAUUCUUUUAUCAUAUGAAAGUGAAAAAUGAAGCUAUUUUUUAAGCGCA